CCAUGUCAAGUCCAGCAGUAUCAUCGAUUCAAGAUGGCCGAUUCAAGAUGGACUAAUUUAUUUCAAUGAAAAGUGUGAUUUCGUUUGUUACUAUUUAUCGCUUGAUCAGUUGUAUAACGCACAAGAUCAAAUGCCGGUAUCGUUUAUCGCCAUAGGACAUGGAUUGUCCUAUCUUCAAAGCGUCAGCUAAUCUUCUAUCCUGGGUAUUUUUGCUGGCAUUUUUACCCAACUUUCAUGUUACCAAAGGAACUGGAGUCGGCUUCGAUGUGUUCAAUCAAAAGUCUUCGAAGGAGAAAUACGUUCCAGACUACCGAUUCUAUCACAACUUAUCUCGAUUGAAUGAAUGUAUCCACGACCUUGUCUCGCAAUUCCCUGAUGUACUGGACACACAGAUGCGAUUUCGCUCUCGCUGGGGACUGUCUCAAUAUGUUCUACAUUUUACAAACUACAGCACAAAGGGUGCAGAACACAAGCAAAAGGUCCGAGUUCUACUCUCCUUUGGAGAGCACGCUGCAGAGUUUUUACCCGUUGAAAGCAUGAUUUAUUUAUUGAGAACCUUAACACGGGGGCUAAGGGAUCCUUUUGGGUCACCAACGCACAAUUUUACGCGAUUCGUAUUGGAUAAUAUUGACUUGUAUUUGAUAUCGCUUUUUAAUCCUGAUGGGAGAGCUAUCAUAGAAAGAACAUCUAACUACUGCUGGUCAGGUACUGCAAGUGAAGCUGAUUUAAACCACCACUUAUCUUCAUUUUCCCCUGUUUUUCCAAGACAAGUGUUAGUUGAGCCAGAGUGUAAAGUAGUAAAGGAAUUACUAAAUAGCAUGAAGUUUGAUGCUGUAGUAUCAUUCCACUCUGGGGAUAAGCAAAUGUACAUCCCUGUUCUUGACAAUAUUGAGCCAUCUUCAGAGUCCAACAUACCUGACCAGUCUGACGUUCUGAGCUUUGCCUCUCAACUGAAUGAUCUGUCUAACCUCUACUUGAAGCACACCCAUGUCAAAUCUUCCCAGUACUCCUAUGCUUAUAGCUUGUUUUCAUAUGCUUCCUUCUCCAGACAGGUACCCUUUUCAUUCCUUGUCUCCCUUUGGGGUAAUGGUAGAGGUGUAAAACAAAAGCACAACUGCUUCUCUGUAGGGAAUCCUCGUGGUGAACAACUUCAGAAAACAUUAGAGAGUCUGCAUCCAUUCUAUACAGUGCUGUUUAGACAGCUAGUCAGCUGGAAAGAAAACAAACUUAAAGUAGAUGCUGAUGUAAGAAAGGCCAUUUUUCAGGGGCAUAGCAGAGCAGGAUUUUACAGCAGCAAAGUAUUUCUAUUCCUGAUAUUCUUAGCCUUUGCAGCAUAUUUUGUAGCAAAGUUUAAAAUGCCAUUUGGAUGGCGGUUAAUAUAUCGCAGACAAAGACGCAUAGUGAGUUUGAGAUCCUUGUCUUCUGCAUUUUCAUUCCUCUUAGUAGCCAUUUUGUAAAAUACUUAUCAAGCUAAGGUUAUUUUCAAAUGUAUUUAUAUAUGUAUUUAGUAUAAAUCCACUCACAUCAUAUCACGUGCCAAAAGUGGUUCUUUAUUACUGAGAAUUAUAAAAACUGUAUUUUUUUAAAGGUAGUAUGUGAGCGGAUUUAUACUAAAACAAUUAGACUACUCAUUCUCGUUUGCUUUGAGUCAAAUACUCACCUUGACGCUAUGCGACUCGUUGACUAUCUAUUCACUCGUAGAAACCUCGAACUCGUAGUCUAAUUGUUAAAUGGUGGCUCCUAUAAGUAGCUACUCAGACACCCCUUAUAUAAGAAACCACUUCCCAAAUAUUGAUCACUCAAACACUGUGUUUUAUACCUCUCUUGAUGAGCAAUCUCUUUUAAGCAGCUGCCACUAUUGUUUUCAAUUGUUACUAUUAAAAAUUUCAUUAUUGCAUCUAAGAACCCUUUGAUAUAAAUAAAAUGAAUUAGAGGUAAACAGAUAUAGAAACUUGACAUGAAACAAGCACACAUAAGCAAUCAAAGUAGCUUAGACGUUUUGUGGCAGUUUUAUGCAAGAUAUUAUAUUUAUUUAGUUUUUGUGCUGGCACUAAGCAUUGUCCCCAAAAAUAUUAUUACUAUACACCAAAGGAUGUUUUAUAGGAAAAGAAAGUAUGGGUACUACAGAAGGGUAUUUUUAUUUAAAUAAAUAAAUUGAAGCAUAAAUAAAUGCAUAAUUAAUGGUAUAAUUUCUAAGAUGAUUUACAAAAUCAUUCCUUGUGAUAUUGUGAUUUGCUAAAUGUUCCAAAAUAGUUUGAAAUUAGGUUUUAAUGCAAUGUACAUAUUGCUAUAGGGAUUAUAUGAAUAAAAAAAGAGAAGUUGUCAUUUAGAGUAAUGAAUCCUUAAUCAGUUUACGUACAUCUCCCUUUUCUGUAGAUCUAGAACUAGUUACAAAUGGUGAGCAUCUAUGAGCAUCUAUUUUUCUUUCGUUUCUUGGUGAAGCUUGUUUUCCUUCUUUUCUUGUAGUGUUUCUUCACCUAGUAACACAAGGAAGUAUUGCGAUAAGGUUAGCAUGAAAACCACCCAAGUUGAAGAUAUCCAAUAUUAUCUGAACAGGCCCUUACCGGGGGGGGGGGGGGGUACAAAUGGCUGAAAGUCCACUUUCGGUUAGCACCAGAUGUAUUACUUACUGACAACACUAUAAAUCAUAAGCUAGAUCACUGUGGUAUGUCAUUAAUCUACAAGUCAGAAGUCAGACUUUUUCGUAGCCAAAUCUGACAAUAAACGUUCCUUUUAUAUACUGCAAAUUAUAAAAAAAAUCCCUUUUUAUUUUUUCGGGGGUGGUACCAGAUUUUUUUCAGAAAAGAAACAAGUGACAUAAUAUUAGAGUUUUAUUUCAUUUAAGAAUAACCUUUGUGUGACUUUCUUGUUGGGACAUCACUUGUCCGUGGGUAGACAUGGCAGAUCCAGUACACAAUACUGUAGCUUUGUUCUCUAAUUCAACAUGAUGUAUUUGCUGUUGUAACUCUAAAGAUAGAGAGAUAAUAGUAGUGUAUGUCAAGAAAGUUGCUGUAGGGGUCAAGAAUAGAAUGUAUUAGACCUGAGAGCUACUGCCAAGAACAAUGGCAGCCAAGGUAUCAGAUUUGGUUAUAUCAGAUGUCAUUGAAUAGAGAACCCAAUAACACUCAUCCAGCAAGGUAUUAUAUUCCCCCUAGUCAGAGAAUCUGGGAAGUCACCAAGGCACUGCCCCCCACCCCCAAACUUGUAGAAACUUGAAUGAAAACUAGAAUUUCAUUAGCAAAUUCACCACAAAUUUAGGAGGGACCCAAAAAUAUACUGCAACACUAUUAAACAGAAAAAAUGGUAUGGUCUUUAUGACAUUUCCAUCCCCCCCCCCCCCCUACACACAAAACAAAAUAAAAAUAAAUAGAUAACAACAUCAAAGCUGUAGCAGACAUCAUAAUAUUGGGGUGCCCCAAUACAGAAACAUUAGAGACAUUUAGCACCAUGUUUUUGUCUCGGAAACGGCAAAUCUCUGGGUGUCACGUGGCAAGGCCUUGUGGUCAAGUUCGCAGUCUGCGGUUCGUGUUUUGACCUCGGGAGCACUGCAUAGAGGUAUUAAAUGAAUUACCUCAGCAGUUUCCCCCUCAAUUUUUCUAUGAGCUCACGUUUGAGACUAUGAAUUUAUGAAUUAGUGUUCUUAAUCAUUUGACCCUUGAGAUAGAAUAUUUUCAUUGACAAUUUGCACAAUUACUAAUACUUUUAGCUUGGUUAAAGGCGAACACAUGUAUUGCACUUUUUCCUGCCAAAUGCCACAUUUCCAGUAAAAUGUGCUAAACUAAGUUUUUGCCAGUACGUUUAAAAGCAAACCAGUAACGGCUAACUGUGAUUUGUCGUUUGCGUUUGAUUUUGAAAACGCGAUGCUAAAUGUCUCUAUUAGGAAAUUACUGGGGGAGCACAGCCAAGCUGCAUGCUCGAGGAUCCAGCGUACUUUGCUGGCACACCAAAAGGGGACCUUUGGGAGUGUCUGCAAAGUAGCUGGAUCCUCGAGCAUGAGCCGAGCCGCUACUAGGUAUAUCCUUUUUUUAAUAUUGGGGAUGGGGGACGAGCCCCAUAAUCACAUCUAAUGCUUCUUUGUCCAAAUACCGAGAUUUUGUGGUCGUCGAUGACCACUGACGCCAUUGUUUUCUUGUUCAAGAAGAUUGAAAAGAUGAUUUCCAUAAUCCAGACCCUCUUCAAAUAAAGUUGGCAAGAUUUUUUCCAAGCUAAUAUCAGGACUAUGGAAGUCUACUUUAGUAGACAGAUCACCUAAUCCCGUCAAAUCUGUCGACUGUACAUCGAUUUCGUCAAAACUGAAGCAAAAAAACAAAGGCUGUUAGAUUAAAAAAAAAAUCGAAAGCAAUGUUUUAACUAUAAAAGACUACUACCUUAUCAAACACAAAGUAUACGUUUAUAACUUAUACUUACUUAAGUACUUAUGAGUCCAACAACGUAGAUUAAUGCACUCACCUGAAAUCGCAAUCCAAGUUGUUUUCCUCACAGAGAUAGGAUGUCCACAUUUCCAUUAUAAGUGAUUCGUUAUUUGUACAUUCCUCGAAGACCUCCAUUUGUAGGCUCGAAAAUAGUUGGAUAAAUGGAUAAAAGGUGACGAAAGUAUUAUGACUAAAGUAUUACGAUUACAAGUAAGUAACCCCUUUGUUAUCUUCUGGAUGAAAAAAAAAACAUCACACGCGCAUCAGCGUAACAUUUUCCCGCCAUUUCGACAUCAACACAGGGAGACCAUGAAUAUUCAAUGUCGUCACAAAAUUUCUAUGACUAGCUUUUUUACGAGCUAAAUUUAGAUGUUGCGGGAUGGGUAAAGAAUAAAUUGAUACAAAAGCAUUUUAAAUAGUACUGUUGUUUUGUUAAUACUUGGCCAGAACAGCAAAUAUUUAGCCAAUUUUCCAAUUAUAAUUUGGUCGUUUCGAAGAUGAGGUAUUAUAUAACUUAUAUAUAUUUUUUCAACCUAUAUUUUUUGUUUUAUUUCUUCACUUCAAAGAAAUCCCUUCAAAUGCUUUGAUAGACGUGUCAAAUUUGUAUUUGAUUGGGCGAGAGUAGCCAGAAUUGACCAAUCGCCUGCAGGCGCAGUUAAAAAUCUUUACCGAAAAAAAACUAUUUUUCAAUAAUUUGCUUAGUUUUCUGUUCUUGUUUUCCCAAACUUUCCCUGCUUCUGAUACGGGGGAUUUUUUCAGAUGAAGUUUUAGUAAGAUUGUCAUGGAAGACCUAAAUAUCAAAGUGGAAGAGACGGAAUAUUCACCGAAAUGUACAAGCACUUGUAUCAACGAUUUUCUUGAAAACAAAAUCAAGAUUGAUCCAUUUUCACCUGAAUACGAGCAUCUUUGCAACAUUGAGGUCGAGGAAACCAACACUGCUACUUCUCACCUUAUCGAAGACCUGCAAAGUCAAUGCCAGAUUCAUGAUUCUCAUGACCUUGUUUUGCCAGAACCUACCGUAAACCCAAGCAGCUGGCUGCCGGAACAAGCGACAAACGUUUCUUGUGGUGUCGAAAGUUCAAGUCAGAGUGGUGGGUUUCCUUCCCAAAAUCAAGUCACAGCCGAAGUGUACAAUAGUGGAGGUCAGCAAUACGCUUUGCUUGGUACAGAUAAGCUAGCCCCCGUGAACUUUGUGGGUCCCGCCAAUGCAUAUUACAUGCCCCCACUCCUGCAAUGGCAACAGCAGCAAAGUACCGACUCAUCCUCUCCAUCAACCGACAGUCAGUCUUUCAGAAGCAACAGUAGCUGCAGCCAGCAAGACCUAGAUGUUGUUUAUCCAGCUUUCAUCAGCACGCCGAGAUUUUACACCAAGGGAGAGCCCGAGAUUGGUGAAAAGGAAAAUUUGGAUAUGCAGAGAGAGCAGGCUAGAAAAGCUUUGAUGACACAAAGGAGAAAGGAGAGAAACAAACAAUGCAGCAAAAACUUUAGAAGGAACAACAAAAUCAAGGAACAAAAUCUUAGAAUGGGGAAAGCAGAAAAGCAAAUUGAGCUGGACAAGCUAAAAAAUCAAAUAAAAAAGAUGGAGGGGCAUCUUAGGCAGAUUAAAAA